AUGGAAGGAUUGCAUAUAACUGCAGCUGUUCUAGGAGUAUUAAUUUAUACUGCUGGAUUUAUUGGAAACUUUUUAUCAUUGUUCAUUUUCAUGCAAAAAGAAGUACGUAAAGUGUCAACCGGUCUUAUUUUUUUACUACUGGCUAUAUUCAGUACAAUUCAUCUGUUUUCAUUAAUUGUUGAAUUUAUUGCAACCAUUUCUGGCUUCGUACUUGUUCGAAACAGUAUAUUUCGAUGCCAAUUCAUACUGUGGUUACAAAAUGUAACACGUUCAAUCUGCUCAUUUUUAGCGGUUACUGUAUCAUUAGAUCGUUUUCUACGCUCAGAAUAUCCAAUUAAAUCACGUAUCUGGUGUACAACAAUGAAUGUUGCUAAACUUUGUGUGAUCUAUUGUUUAUUUUACAUGCUAUUAUAUGCAAUUUUUUUUGAUCCACGCAAUGUUAUGGAUAGUAAUGACCAAUGUUCAUUUCCAUAUGACGAUACAUUUCGUCUAAUAAUUCUUACCAUUAUGCCAUCCGUUCGUUUUGUAUUAAUUUGUAUAAUCCCAGUUAUUCUUAUGGGUAUAUUUGGUGGACGUAUGCUUUAUAAUAUUAAACGAGUGAAAAAACGAAUUGCACAACAAAAAAUGGUACGAAAUGCAGCUAUCGCUACUAUUGCGAUUCCAGAAUCCACCCGAAAUGUAAAACAUACUGGCAAUCAAAAUCGUGCAAAAACGCUCGAUCGCAUGUUACUUUUAAUGGUUUUUACAAAUAUAAUAUCAUAUAUAAUAACACAAACACCAUUUAACAUUUAUACUGUUUAUUAUGGCUCUGAAGCAUCAGACAGUUAUAAAGCAUAUGCAUUAAUGAGAGCGUUUCUUCUUCUAUGGAGUUCAAUCUAUUUUGGUAUUGGUUUUUACGCAUAUUUUAUAACUGCAACACAAUUUCGGAAACAAUUCUUCUCAAAUAUGAAAUACAUUUUCACUUUUAAUCAACCUUUACAACAUCAGUCGAACACAUAA